AACAACUCCAAAAUAAAUAACCAUAAAAAGAGUUUAGAGAAUGGGAGAGAAAAGGAAUUGAAAAAGCACAACGUCAAGGAAGUCGUACGAGUGUGCGAACCAACUUAUAAAACUGAAGAGUUAAAGUCAGAGGGAAUCAAUGUUAUUGACCUUGUAUUUGAUGAUGGAACAUUUCCUCCAAUCAAGGUUAUUGAUGACUGGUUUGAAUUAUUGAAGAAUAGAUUUCAAGAGUCAACGGAUAGCUGCAUUGCUGUUCAUUGCGUGGCUGGACUUGGCAGAGCACCUGUGCUUGUGGCUUUAGCUCUCAUUGAGCUGGGCCUGAAAUACGAAGAUGCUAUCUCUUUAAUUAGAGAGAAGAGACGAGGUGCUAUCAAUGCAAAGCAGCUAGCUUACUUGGAAAAGUACCGUCCAAAAUCUCGGCUCAAGAUAAAAACUGCUCAAAAAAAUACGUGUUGUCUGCAAUAAUCGAUAAAGAUUUUUUUAAAUCGACUACUACUCAGCACCACUUAUCGAUCCACUAAUAAUGAUGACAUGUUGCGCAUGAAGACAUUGACAAGUUUAGCAUUAAGACAUUGUUAUUCGUUUGUCUGUUGAUACAGAAACAAACUUUCUAUCCAAGGAAUAUUUUUUGAACGAGUGUAUUUAAAUAUUAUUACUUAAUUAAU